GGAUAGGAACUCCCCGACUGCAUCGAAAACCGCUUAUCGCAACUUGACCCCCGGUCCUUUGAAGCUUUCAGCCCAGGUCCCUCGGUGCGCAUAUAGGUAGAGGAUUGCGCAUCCGAAAAACUGGAUUAGAUGUCUUUCAGAGUCUUGAUAAGGAGAGCUGGGUCAGCAGCUACCACUGCUACCUCUCCUUGCUGGAGAACAAGUCCUACUAUGCCUCUAAGAGCCAAGAUAAUAAGUCCUCAACCUGUAGCACGAGCACAAAUGUCUACAACACCCAUUAAACAACUUCCCAAGGAGCUCGAUACAGACGAACCCAAUGAUGUCCUCUUCAACAACAUAUAUGGUCUGCGGACCGUCGAGCUUAAUCGACCUGCUAAACUUAACGCUCUUACCGGCUCUAUGAUUAGGAAGAUAUUCCCCCGAUUAGUCGAGUGGGAGAAAUCAGACAUGGCAAAUGUGAUUGUUAUGAAGGGUGCUGGUGAGAAGGCGUUUUGCGCGGGAGGAGAUGUAGCCGCACUAGCGGAGCAAAACAAAGAGGGCCCAGAGGGCCAGCAGAAAUCGGUAGAGUACUUUGCCCAGGAAUACCAGUUAGAUCACUACAUCGCGACAUAUCAGAAACCAUAUGUCGCAUUUAUGGAUGGCAUCACGAUGGGCGGUGGCGUAGGACUCAGUAUUCAUGCCCCAUUCCGGAUUGCUACCGAAAGGACGGUCUUUGCAAUGCCAGAGACUACCAUUGGCUUUUUUCCGGAUGUUGGUGCCUCAUUUUUUCUGCCAAGGAUGGCGGGCUCUAUAGGUACUUACCUGGCUCUGACAAGCGAACGGUUAACAGGGGCGAACGUGUUUUACUCUGGAAUCGCAACUCACUAUCUACACUCAACCAGUUUACCUAGCCUGGAAUCGCGAUUAGCCGAGUUGCGGUUUAAAGAUUAUGACACUAUGGCAGAACGUCUUGCUAUCAUCGAAAGGACUAUCGAGGAAUAUGCGACCGGCCUACCUCCCGGAGAUUCUAUCCUGUUGGGCGGCGAACUUCGGAAGGCCAUUGACCGGUGCUUCAGCAAAAACAAGGUUGCCGACAUCAUAGCUGCCUUGAAGGAAGAGCAAGGCGCUACUCAAGCCUGGGCUGAGAAGACGCUGGAAACCCUGCAUCAACGAUCACCAACCUCGGUUCACGUGGCUCUUAGGCAGAUGAGGCGAGGUCGCGACUGGUCCAUUUCAGAGGCAUUCCAGAGAGAACACCAAAUCGCCGCCAGGUUUAUGAACCAUCCUGACUUUACAGAGGGCGUUACAGCGCGACUGGUUUUGAAAGAAACACCGAAGUGGGAGCCGGCUAGUCUGGAAGACAUCCCAGAAGGCAGCGGCAUCAUCGAGCCCUUCUUCCAACUAAGCGGCGGCCCGCCAAAGUUAAGUUUGGUGACGGAUAGGGACUACGUCCAAUACCCGUACCAAUCCUUUGGUGUACCUACGGAACAGGAUGUUGAAGCCAUCGUUAAAGAAGGUAGAUCAACCCGUUACGAGGUUCGGGAAGAAUUCGUCCGAAGGAAAAAUGGCAGGCAGGGCAUCGCCGCUAUUGUAGAUGAGAUUCUGUCCAGGAAAACCAUCGUGAACGAUUAUGGCAAAGCGGAAUGGAUCGACGAAUAAUCAAAUAACAUAUCGUAUUGCAUUACAUCUUCAUGUAUAUUAUGAUAGGCCGGCAACUGUUAGAGAUGGCAAGGUCUCGGCGCAGAACUUGUAUAAAAAUUCAUCGAUGCGUAGGGAUCAGUUGGUGGUUUUCCAUUAUAUGAAUGGUUACCUACCUACAGGCUUCCCGGGAUAGAUAUCUUGGCACGUAUUAAAUUACGCACCUUUAAGGUACCUACCCAUUUUAUCUUAGGUAACCUAACAUAUAUUUAGUGGUGUAAAGGGGGUUAAGAUGUGUCGACAGCCUGAUUUGGCUGAGUCAUUAAAGGGGCCGUAUAAUUGUGGGGCCCACCGGCCAGUAUAAGUAUCUCCUCGGAACCCCCCUCUUAUAUCCUACAAACAAAUUCAAUAACUU